UUCACGGUUGCUGUGUUCUCGCUUCCGGGGAAGCACUAAAGCAGGAACAUACCAUUUAUGAAAGCUUUAUUUCAUUAAUUGCGGAAGAAAUAUGACUCGUGUUGUAAAAUUAUGACCUUGUUGUAGGUCUGACUUUCCUACACGCAGAACAUUGCCAGGACCAUCACACUGCAUCCCCGCUCCCCAUGCUUCAGUGAGCCAUGACCCUGUCGCGGGCUUUCUGGUUUACCUUCCUUGGACUACUUUUGGUUGAUGUGUGAAACAGCUAAGUGCCAAAGUCCUCCAAAAGUGGUAGAAGAGGAUGGAUCAAGAAAAGCGAGAUAAGUUGUCAGAGUUGGUGGAGGAGCUGACUACUUCUGGUGAACCACAGCUGAAUCAAGCAAAAAUGAAAGAAGUGAAGAAUAUUUGCAAGCUUUCCAAUGACUACAUUGAUCACUUCUAUCACCUUGUCAUGAUCCAGCUGAAUCAGGAUCACGCCGAGGUUCGCUUCUCUGCCUUCCAGAUGACUACUGAGCUUUUCAGUCGUUCGCAUCACUUCAGAGCUCUUUUGGUGACCAACCUUCAGGAGUUCCUGGAGCUAACGGUAGAGACAGACGUUGAGCAGCCGUUGCCUCCGCCAAAAGAGGUGGCCAGGAAGUUGAAGACCCAAGCCAUACAGACUGUACAGGCCUGGCAGUCUACCUAUGGGGAAGCCUACAAGAAGCUGGCUUUGGGUUAUCACUUUCUGAAGCAAGUUAAAAAGGUAGACUUUCAAGAUGUUGAAGCUCGAACACUGUCUGAGCGAAGGAGACGGGAGGAAAAACAGCAAAGACUUGAGAGAAUUUAUAAGGGAAAGCUUGAAAAGGCCAAGCAGGAGAUGGAAGAAUUGACUCCGGAGAUUGAGGAAUCACUGACUGAGAUGAACAACUGCCUGAGCUUGAUCAUGCCAGACAGUUUUAAUUUUUUUAGCACAGAGAAGACCACUGAAGUUAGCAGUGAACAAAACAAGGACACAGAUGUUUACGAUGAAAAGCCUUGCUGCAGCAAAGACCUUAAAGAGGGUGGAAGGACAGCAGAGACAACGGAAGGGGAAGAGGGAGAAGAGGAGAAUGAAGAGAAAGAGGAAACUAGUGGCGAGAGCGACAUGGAGGAGGCUGUGCAAGAGGAUGUGUUCAUUCGCAGCUCUGGGCUGAUGUCCCAUUCUUAUCAACUCGAUCUGAGUGUGUCCUCAGAUUUGAAUGUGAAGGAGACUGAGGAGAAUGAAGCAGUAGUAAACACUAUGAAAGAUUUGCACAGACUCAUCAGUAAUAAAUACCUCCCUGCCAUCCAGUCCUGGAUUCAGGUUUUUACAAAAGUCGGUGUGGAGGAACAGUUGAUGAAAAGAACCACUGACCUCAAAAAGUCUCUUGAGAAGGUUAUGAGGAAACAUGAUGAACUUCAUAUAGACUACAAAGCAAGGCAGAGAAGAGUGUUAAAGGCUGGGGAAGAUGAUGAUGAAGAGGAUGAUGACGAUUUUGAAGAGGUACCAGAGAAGGAGGGUUAUGAGCCACAUAUUCCUGAGCAUCUGAGGGCCGAGUACGGUCUCGAUUCAACAUCAUCUUCAUCUACUUCUGUGACUAAAAUAAAGCCAUCAAAGUCAGUGGAGAGACCUGCGGCUCCACCCAUCUCCUCAACUCUCAGCCGACCUAAAAGCAGGAGAAGUGAUGAAGAGCAGGACCCUACAUGUGCAGCCGCUACCCUGCGUGUCCUAAAAGAGAAAGUGGCCACGGCGUCAUCUGCGAGUGUCUUUGGAGGCUCUGCUAAACCCACCACUAGUUCCAUAGAACAGGGGGAGGAGAAGGAAAAAGCUCCUGUGAUUCCAUUUGGUCUGGAUCUCUACUACUGGGGAGAGGAACAACCUACCGCUGGCAAAAUCAUCAAAUACUCCUCCCAGCACCAGUUCUGGGUGCCUAAUGAAGUAGAAGAGGAGGUUGAGAACAAAGAGCUGUCUGCACAAAUGAAGUCCAGAUGCAUUACCUUUGCUGGACGUUUCCAACCUGUGGAGCACAAGUGCAAAGCCCCGAUGCCCAAUGGCUCGUUGUGUGAACGUCAGGACCGAGUCAAGUGUCCAUUUCAUGGCUUCAUAAUACCUCGGGAUGAGAUUGGGAGGCCAAUUAAUCCAGAAGAUGCAGCUCGCCUGGCAGAGGAAGAGUAUAAACGCAGAGAGGAGCAGCCAGACUGGAGAGAUCCAGAGCUCAUGAGGGAGAUUGAAGCAGCCACGGGCGAGGAUCUAGGCUCUUCUAAAACAUACGGAAAGGGUAAAAAGGCUGGGAAAGGAAAGGGAAAGAAAAGGAAACAUCCCAACCUCACAGACUUGAAGCAAACUGCCAAUACAUCUCGGUCAAGACUAGAAAAGAAGGUCUUUAAUAAAAGCUCUAUGAGACGAAUAGCAGAGGUCAUGAACAAGAUGGACACAAGAAAGCAUGAAAAAUUUGCCAACCAAUUUAACUAUGCAUUAAAAUAAGAUUCAGGGUAUUUUGCUGUCUAAAAACUGUGCUCACAGCUCCACACAAGUGUCCAAAAAUAAGCUUAUGUCUAUGGUGCUUUUUAAAAACUGUGGAAUUAAUUAAUAUUUCUUUGUUUUGUGCUGUCAAAUAAUGUUUGCAAUAAUGUAAUGUUUGAUUUCUGUACAUUUUAUAAUAUCUUACUGUAAAAUAAUGCUUGCCAAUAUAUUAUUUCUUCUUACAAAUGUAGUGAAGGUUAUCCUUAAAAAAUGUUAUGUUAUGAGAUGCAUUUCUUAUAAACUGGAUUUAUUGCAUUAGCAUUUGUAUUUAAAAUGGCAGUAAUUUAAAGUGAUUUUUUAUCUUAAAUUUUCAUAUAUCUAUUUAUUCCUUUAAAUUAGUAAUAAUAAUAAAAAGACAGUUGUUUUUUGACAUCUAUAUUUGUACGAGAUUUGUGUUUGAUGGUGUUUUUCUGUUGUAGUCAGGUCCUUAUAAGCUUUUCUUCUGCAGUUUUGCGUUUUGACUGUUUACUGUGGUGUUUGAAGA